CGAAGGCGUCUGUUAGCAGCGGCGAGCUGUUGGCGAAGGAGCGUGUGGUGGUGCCGCUGCUGCAGCUGCUGCGAGAGAGACGCCGGCCAUGGGGAGAGUGCAAGGAGGGAUGCGCUGCGUCAAGUUCCUGCUCUUCAUCUUCAACUUCAUCUUCUGGUUGGCAGGCUCAGCUGUCGUCGCGUUUGGGCUAUGGCUGCGGUUUGGAAACGUAUUAAGAGAUUUAGCGACUGACAAGACCUCUCCAGAAUACAUUUACAUGGGACUCUAUGUGCUAAUAGGAGCAGGCGUGCUGAUGAUGACCGUGGGGUUUUUUGGGUGCUGUGGAGCUGCGCGAGAAUCUCAGUGCCUGCUUGGAGCAUUCUUUACCUGUUUGCUGGUGAUUUUUGCUGCUGAAGUCACUGCAGGAGUUUUUGCUUUUCUUGGGAAGAAAGCGGCUGUUGAAGAGGUCCAGCACAUCUAUGAGGAAGCUUACGAAGACUUUGUGAAUAAUGUGGGGACAAGCAACAAAACUCUGAUCCAGUACCAUGAAGCACUUCAGUGCUGUGGGAGAGGAGGAAAUGAUGCUGCAGUGAAGCCCACCUGUCCAAAAGACAUUGAACAGCCCAGAAGUUGUCUGACUGAAAUCGAGACUCUCAUUGACACAAAUCUUCGUUUAGUUGGCAUUGUUGGGAUUGGAAUUGCUGGGAUCACAAUCUUUGGCAUGGUCUUCAGCAUGGUCCUCUGCUGCGCAAUCCGGAACACAAGAGACAUGCUCUAGAACUCUUGCUUCGUAGCAUUAUCUUCACCCUAGGGACCAGAGACUGGAGGACUUCUGGAUGAAUCUGCAAGUGCACUUGUCCGCUCAGCUUAACAACUGUAACCAUUUUAAUUAGUGGCGUUAACCAACUGACAGAGAGAGAGAGAGAGAAUGAGAGAGAGAUGUUUGGUGAGCGUGAGAGUUUUACAUUUCAAUUAAGACAAGGAAAUCUGAAGCAAACAAAUAGGAUGGGCGUAACAAUGUCUUCUUCAAUGCAGUGGCAGCAUUAGAAACUAAAAUUUAUUUGAAACAUGACUUUGCACAUGUGUGCAGGUGAUCAGUGCCUAUAUCUCAUGUUCAAGUACAUGUGUGUUUGUUUGUAGGCACACAGAUGCAUGUGGUGCAGCUACACAGAUAUCUGUAUAUAUGGUACUCCAUAUGAUUGUAUGUUUCGUGGAUGUCUGUAUUUGCAUGCACAUUCCUGCAGUAUAUAUACACUUGGGUGCAUACCCAGGCUAAAGCCCUUUCCAAGUGGCCUCCUCAUUGCUGAUAAGCCAUCUCGUUUUUAUCCAACAGUGUCCAAAGGUGACUACAUUUAACCAAUUGGAUUGCAAGUAAAUGAUCCUGGACAUCUCACCUUGGAGAGUUUCGGUAGCUUUCUUUGUCACAUGCAGAAUUGUCUUUAAUCCCUGAAGGCUCCAUGGGGAACACUCUGACCUGCACAAAAGAAAGUAGAGGUU